UUCAGCUCCCUGUUCCUGAAUAGAAGUAGUUUUAAAGCUUGGGUAAGUAGGCAUCAUUAACAAAGCAUGACUUCAGCCCAUGAGCGACUGUUUUUCUUUGCAUCCCAGCUGAGACAUGAUCCAAAAUGCAAGAAAGCCUUCAACAAGGAGUGCAAGCCCUUCAGCUCUUUGAAACAGAGACUGCGGGGAACAGAAAUCACCGUGAAGAAGCAGUCCCCCCCCAAAGGUAUACCAGGGAAGAAAUCUAUCUGAACACAGCACCAUGAGGAUUUUAUUAAUGCUAUUCAAUCAGCCAAGCAAGUCACAAAAGCUCUGAAGGAGGGCCACCCUCUCCCACCUCCUCUCCCAAGAAGCUUCAAUCCAGGAGGCAGGAGCUGUGCAGAGGGGGAGCACUGGCAGCUGGUGGGGCUGCCUCCCUCCCCCACUGCACCCCCAGCCUGUGCAGGGCCACUCCUCUGCCCCCACCAGUGCUCUCAUGGCCCGGCAUCACCCAGAGGCAGUGCCACCAAACUGAUGUCCUGCAGCUCGUGCUGCCUUCUCCACUGGCACUGCCUGAGUUGUGCCUGUCAGCCCCAUCCUCUCGGACACCACAGGUAAGCCCAGGGAGAGGUGGGGAGGACUUGCUGCCCCCUCUCCAUACCUCUCCUUUAGCACUUGCCUGUGCCUUGAACCCCCUCAAAACCAAGCUAUUGCUCAUUCAGAAAUGUGAAAUUCAGGCCCACAUCAAGCAGGCCCUCUGAGCCUUAAGUAUUUGUUUGCCCAGAAACAAAGCAUUCACAAGCCUCACCUACUGAUGGCCUCUCAAAAAAUGCUCACAAAAGUUUCCCUAACACCAGCUAUAUGGAAGUUCAGCCCUACACUAAGUAUUAGAUGACUCAGCAGUAUCUCCCAAGUUGUGAGAACAGUUUUUCUGUAAACAUAACCUUUUGAAAUAGCUUGCCUGCCUUUAUGAUGGGACAUGAUCA